AUGGCCUCGCUCCGGCCGGAGCGCGCCGCUGGCGGUCCUCGGCUGCCGAUGGCCCGCGCCGGGGGGCCGGUCGCGCUCCGCCUCCUCCUGCUUCUGCUGGGCGGCUCCGUUGCCCACAUCACUGCCACUGCCUCCUCCACUCCCAAGUCUCCCACAGCUCUCCUGAAGCCCCAGGAGUCGCUGGCCCAGUCUCUUCCCACCCCGGACAGCUUGGAGUUUGAAGGGAACACAGUGGAGGUGAACUAUGAAUCAAUGGUGGUAUACUGUUGGAACUCGUACAAGAACCAAAUGGACACUAUUGAAAAAGAUUGGUGCAACUGGGCUGUAAUCAGCAGACCAUACAGUGAUCUGCAAGAAUGCUUGGAACACAGCGCAGAGAUCUUCAGCCUGGGCUUUCCCAACCCCUUGGCGGAGAGGGUCAUCAUGGAUACGCAUCAGAUCCACUUUGCCAACUGCUCGCUGGUGCAGCCCACCUUCUCUGACCCUCCUGAGGAUGUGCUAUUGGCCAUGAUCAUUGCCCCCAUCUGCCUCAUCCCCUUCCUGGUCACGCUGGUGGUGUGGAGGAGUAAGGACAGCGAGGCCCAGGCCUAGGGUGAUACAGUCCCAGGACGACACAGGCCCAGGGCGACACAGGCUUCUCAACAGCCGGCUGACCCUCCUCCCUGGCCCACAGUAAUCCUCUCUCUCCCCUCCCUGCUCCCUUUUCUCACUCCUGACCCUAUCCACGGCAAUGGAAGUGGAAGGUGGGUCUGGGUUCUGAAAUCUUCUAAAUAAAGACAUUUUUUGG